CGCACCCUGUAGCAGCUCGCCCGCCAUGAGGACCGUCUCGUUCGUCGGUCACGUGGACCUGGAGGUGCACGGCGGCGUGUCCCCGUCCGCUCUGCUGCUGGCUGACGUCGACAACGACGGCGAGAACGAGCUGACCGUCGGCACUGAGACCGGAGAUCUCUACGUCUUCAAAGGCCUGCAGACGCAGCCGCUGUGUCAUGUCUCGGAGCUGGGCAUGAUAACAGCCAUCUGCUGCGGCCCGCUGACGGCGCCCGGUCAGAAUGUGCUGGCCGUGAUCAGCGGCAACGGCUGGGUCCACGUGCUGGAGAUGGACGGCUCGAGCCUGCGGCAGCGACACUCCCAGCGCAUCCCAGCCAACGUUAAGACGGCGCUGCUGGCGGACGUGGACCUGGACCAGCAGCUGGAGCUGGUGGUGGCGCUGACAGACCGGGUCGUCCGCGUGUACCGCUGGACGGACGGCACGCUGCGUGCCAUCAGCAAGUGCGAACUCAUGCAGCAGAUCGGCACCAUCUCGCUGAACAUAGAGGGCGACGGCCGGCCGUCAGUGCUCGUCUCGCAGCCCGGCGCCGCCGUGGUGCGGCUCCGUUACCGCUCUUCGCUGGACGAGGACGGACACGAGUGCCACUCUGUGGACAUUGACGACGUUAGCCUAGCGGUGAAGACGCGUCAAAACGUGUCGUGCGAGGUGCUGGGUGGACUGAGAGAUCAGCCCGCCUCCAACACGUACGCCCUCAUCACCAUGGACGGCAGCCUCUUCUACGUCAAGGACAACGCCGUCGAGUGGUCCGUGGUACUUCAUCACCAGCUGUUCGGCCUGACCAAGAUGGACGUGACUUCGGACGGCAGUGACGAGCUGAUCGUGUCAUCGUGGGACGGCCACACGUUCAUCAUCAACCAGGAGAAGCAGUCGGUACAGUUCCUGUUCGAGGAGGCCGUCACGGCGUUUGCCGCCGGUCAGUUCGGUGCGCGCACCGGCUCCAACGUGCCAUGCAUGGUGUACGCGACAGUCGGUAAGGUGGUCGUCUAUCACAACGUGCGACUGCCGGUGAUGGUGACCGAGACGCUGACGGAUGUGGUGGCGCACGAGCACGGCUGGCCGGGGGCCGAGCGUCUGACGGCCUGUCAGCUGCAGCAGCUGUACCGCUGGUGCCUGUACGGCUUCCCGCGGCCGCAGCUGGAGGCGGCCGAGUGUGACACGCCGCAGCCGCCGCAGGACGACGCCCACCCGGAGCAGAGCGACGGCGCGGCCGGCGGCGCCAGGGGAGGCGACGCACAGAUCGAGGAGGAAGGGUGGCACAGGGCCGAGUGUGAUGCGCCCGGGCGGCGGACGAACGCGAGCGACGCCGCUUGACCCGCGCCGCACUCAUGACAUCUGACAUGACCGUGUGGCAAGUCGCUACGACGGGGUGGUGCGAGCGACACGGGGUGUCGCGUAUUAGCUGCCAGGUAAUCGCUGCCACCUGACGGAACCACCAGGUGGCGCCAACACGCCGUCGUGGCGGGGAAACGGGAGGCGACGCCCCGGAGGCGAGGCGAAUCGGAGUGCGUUCUGCGCAGCAGGUCGGACUUAUAAAACAGCCAUCAUGGCGUAACGCGAGCUGAUCUGUGUAGCAGGACGUCGUCCAGAUCAGGCGCCUAAACCCACUGACGGGGCGCGAAUCACGCGUGUAGUCGAAACCUCCAGCCGAGCGUUGAGCUAGAGCCAUUUCUAUGAGAUCCAGCAGUCGGACCAGUUUAGGAAGUCAACUAGCUGUGUUCUUCCCAGAUACGGGUCAGUCUGCAAUAUUUUGGGCGCCGUUGGAAGAUGUGCCACGAUGAACACAGUCGGUGUUGAUUCGCUGGUGAGCUUUGUUUCGCCCCUUACAGUUUUGGAUGUCGAAUGGGUGAUGAGGAUUGAAGUCAGCGUGUCAGCGAAUGCAAUGGUUCAUGCAUGGGUGAAAUAUAAAUAUGAACUGGC